UGCUUGUAUUUCCCAAAAAAAAAAAAGCUGUUUUUUUGUGGAAAUUUACUUGUAUUUUACACCUGGGUUUUUCAAUAAACAAUCUUUUUAUCCACUCAAUUUGCUUGAAUUGAUCGAAAGUUUGUCUCUUCUUUAUUUGUUUUAUUUAUUUCUUUUUCUUUACCUUUAAGAUUCCACUUUUUAUUUGUUUUACAUUGGAAGAGAGAAUAAAACUAAAACUGGGUCUUUUCUUUUUCUUUGAUUCAUUGAAAUUUUGAGUGAAUUGGAUUUUUAGUGUAAAAAUGAGGGAAAAGUUAGGAUUUUUAGUUGGUGUAUGGCUUUUGCUUUGUGGUUUUUGUUUUGGUAGGUUUGUAGUCGAGAAAAACAACUUGAAACUAACAUCACCUGAUUCAUUGAAAGGUGUUUAUGAAUGUGCGAUUGGUAAUUUUGGAGUUCCUCAAUAUGGAGGGACCUUAGUCGGUACUGUGGUCUAUCCAAAAGCUAAUCAAAAGGCAUGCAAAGGUUUUGAUGAGGUUGAUAUCUCUUUCAAAUCUAGACCUGGAGGGUUACCUACUUUUGUCCUUGCUGAUCGUGGAGAUUGUUACUUCACCCUGAAGGCAUGGAAUGCACAGAAUGGUGGAGCAGCAGCUAUUCUUGUAGCAGAUGACAAGGAUGAACCAUUGAUUACCAUGGACACCCCUGAAGAAGAGAAUGCAGAUGCUGAUUAUCUGCAGAAUAUCACUAUCCCCUCAGCACUUAUUAGCAAGUCCUUGGGGGAUAGUAUCAAGAAAGCUAUAUCUAAUGGAGAGAUGGUUAACAUGAAUCUUGAUUGGACAGAGGCUCUUCCACAUCCUGAUGAGCGGGUUGAGUAUGAGUUUUGGACAAAUAGCAAUGAUGAAUGUGGGCCAAAGUGUGACAGUCAGAUUGAGUUUAUCAAGAACUUCAAAGGUGCAGCACAGAUACUUGAGCAGAAGGGUUAUACUCAGUUCACCCCUCACUAUAUAACAUGGUAUUGCCCAGAGGCAUUCGUUCUGAGCAAACAAUGCAAAUCCCAGUGCAUCAACCAUGGGAGAUACUGUGCUCCAGAUCCUGAGCAGGAUUUCAGCAAAGGGUAUGAUGGAAAAGAUGUUGUAGUUCAAAAUCUACGCCAAGCUUGCUUUUAUAAAGUUGCCAAUGAAAGUAAAAAGCCAUGGCUUUGGUGGGACUAUGUGACUGAUUUUUCAAUCCGUUGCCCAAUGAAAGAGAAGAAAUACACCAAAGAGUGUGCAGAUCAAGUUAUUCAGUCUAUUGGUGUUGAUCUCAAGAAGAUAGAUAUAUGUAUAGGAGACCCUGAGGCAGAUGUGGAAAACGAAGUUCUUAAAGCUGAACAACAUGUGCAGAUUGGAAAAGGUUCUCGAGGAGAUGUGACUAUACUUCCAACUCUUGUGAUAAACAACAGGCAGUAUAGAGGUAAGUUGGACAAAGGAGCAGUUCUUAAGGCAAUUUGUGCAGGUUUUGAAGAGACUACGGAGCCAGCCAUUUGUUUAAGUGAAGAUGUAGAAACCAAUGAGUGUCUAGAAAAUAAUGGUGGGUGCUGGCAGGACAGGGCUGCUAACCUUACUGCAUGCAAGGAUACUUUUCGGGGUCGGGUAUGUGAAUGUCCAAUGGUACAAGGUGUGAAGUUUGUUGGUGAUGGUUAUACUCAUUGUAAUGCUUCAGGUUCUUUACGCUGUGAAAUUAACAACGGAGGAUGCUGGAAGAAAACUCAAGAUGGCACUACGUUUUCUGCUUGUGUUGAAGAUCGUUCACAAGGUUGCAAGUGUCCUCCAGGAUUCAAGGGUGAUGGAGUAAAUUCCUGUGAAGACGUGGAUGAAUGUAAAGACAAGGUAGCUUGCCAGUGUCCAGAAUGCAAAUGCAAGAAUACCUGGGGCAGUUAUGAGUGCAGCUGCAGUGGUGGUUUAUUAUACAUGCGAGAACAUGACACUUGCAUAAGUAAUGCUGCUAGGGCAGAGUACAGCUGGAGCUUUGUUUGGAUUAUUAUUCUUGGCUUGGCUACUGCUGGAGUUGCUGGAUAUGCAAUUUACAAGUACAGAAUUCGGAGAUACAUGGAUUCAGAGAUUCGGGCUAUCAUGGCACAGUAUAUGCCAUUGGAUAGUCAAGCAGACAUCCCUGUUCAUCAUGCUCCCCGUGGGGACAUCUGAAGGUGAGCUGAUGCAUCUAGUAAACCAGCAGCAUCUCCAAAUUAUAAAGCUCUAUCAGCUUUUAUUUUGUUAUCAUUGAGUGCAAUGUUUUUAAGUCGUCACUGGUAGCUAUUUCAGCCAGCAUGCUGCCACUCUUAUAUGUAAAAAAGUAAUACUAGUGGGGCACAUAAUUCCCAGGAGCACAGGAAAUUUUCAAUUUGAUGUAAGAUGCAUUAUGGUUAGGAUUCAAAUUCUUAAGGCUAUCUUUGGCUUUGCGUUCCA